AUGGAAAAGUCCUGGGGCAUUAAACUGAAUGCUGUCCUAUGGAUAUACAAAUCGGUAUUGUUACCGAGAUUAACAUAUGCUGCUGUGGUCUGGUGGCUUAGAGUAGAAAUGACAGAGGCAAGGAACCUGCUAAAAAGUCUACAGGGUAACUACCUAAGGACAGCGGCAGGGGCUAUGAGAACAACACCAACAGAGGCGCUGGAAGUAGCACUUUGUAUUCCUUCUCUAAAUCAACAAAUAAUCAGCANCCCAGGACUCACAGCAUAUAGACUAAGGUGUCAGGGGGAGUGGAGACAAUUCGGGACAGGUCAUACCAAGCUCAGGUUUCUCCACAAAUUUCUCUUCACACUGAAGCAAGAUAGAAUACCCAGAAUAUACCAAGUGAACAAGGCGUUUUCUGUAAACCUGUCCACUAGGGCUGAAUGGUAUAAUAAAAACCUACAGAUCCAACCGAACAUAGAUGCGUGGUUCACUGAUGGAUCUGGAGCAAACAACCGCUUUGGAGCAGCUAUAUAUUGUCCAGGAAACAAUCACAGAGAGUUUUUCUCUCUGAGUAGGUUAGCCACGGUCUUCCAAGCGGAGGUCUUGGCUAUCCUGGAAUGUGCAAGANUCCUGCUCUCAAAGGAAACCAUAAGUAGGAGGAUCCAUAUCUACACAGAUAGUAAAGCCGCUAUAGGAGCCCUUGCUAAGACCACCACUGAAUCAUCAGUGGUUUGGGACUGCAUGCAAGCUCUGAACAGAUUGGGAGAUCAUAACAAGAUCACACUAAUCUGGGUACCCGGCCAUCAAGGUAUCCGCGGUAAUGAGAUANCGGAUGGCUUGGCAAAGCUGGGNACCUUAGAGGAACCAGCUGGCCAAAAAGUCGGCGUUCCCUUUGCCGUAGGGAAAAAUUACAUCAAGGAUCGGUUGAAGCGAGAGCACCAGGACUCUUAG